AUGGGAACACAGAUGGUAUUUGCAUGGGCAAUGAUAUUUUGCCUCGCCAUACCACCAGUCUAUGGCCAAUACUACUCCAAAACUAUUAAGGCAGGUGCUCGGGUGGAAAAGAUGACCCGACUUCGCUUCUUCUAUCACGAUAUUCCCAGUGGCAAAGAUCCUACAACACUCCUAAUAGCUCAGGCCAACAUCACCCAAGAUUUCUUUUCCCCAUCCCCAUACGGAAGCUUGUAUUCAAUGGAUGAUCCCCUCACUCUAGGGCCUGAACGAACAUCCAAGAUGGUUGGAAAUGCCCAAGGGCUCUACAUAGCAUUAAGUCGAGACCCUACCAAGUUCACUGCGGUUACUUACGCUGAUUUUGCGUUUACCACUGGCAAGUUCAAGGGGAGCUCCUUUAGCUUGUUCUCACGAUAUCCCCUCACAGAUUUUGUUCCUGGGCCUGACAUAAUUCGUGAAAUGGCAAUAGUGGGAGGGACAGGUGCGUUUAGGAUGGCCACAGGGUUUGCACUAUUUCGGGCCACUUCUUCCAACGCCAAGACUGGAGAUGCUAGUCUCGAGGUCGAUGUUACUUUGUACCACUACUAAACCCAAUUGCAAAUUAUUGAAAUUUAUAAUAAAAUCAAUAAAGGAGUAUAUUCCUAAUCCGCCAACGGAUUAGUAUUGCCUUAAAAA